AUGGAGAGGUAUGAGAUAGUGAAAGAUAUUGGGUCUGGUAAUUUCGGUGUUGCAAAGCUUGUUCGUGAUAAAUCUUCUAAAGAGCUUUUCGCUAUUGAUGAACAUGUACAAAGAGAAAUCAUGAACCAUAGGUCACUUAACCACCCCAAUAUUAUAAGAUUCAAGGAGGUUUUGUUGACGGCGACGCAUUUGGCGAUAGUAAUGGAAUAUGCUGCAGGAGGAGAACUCUUUGAAAGAAUUUGCAGUGCUGGAAGAUUCAGCGAAGACGAGGCAAGGUUUUUCUUUCAGCAGCUCAUAUCAGGAGUUAGUUACUGUCAUAGUCUUCAAAUUUGCCAUAGAGAUCUAAAGCUAGAGAACACGUUAUUAGAUGGAAGUGCAGCGCCACGAGUCAAGAUAUGCGAUUUCGGAUACUCGAAAUCCGGAGUUCUUCAUUCGCAACCAAAGUCAACAGUAGGAACACCAGCUUAUAUUGCACCUGAGGUUCUUUCAAAGAAAGAAUAUGAUGGUAAAAUCGCUGAUGUUUGGUCUUGUGGAGUCACUUUGUAUGUUAUGCUUGUUGGUGCUUAUCCUUUUGAAGAUCCUUCUGAUCCUAAAGAUUUCCGAAAAACAAUCGGUCGGAUUCUGAGAUCUCAGUACUCUAUUCCGGAUUAUGUCCGAGUUUCGGAUGAAUGCAAACAUCUUAUCUCUCGGAUAUUCGUCGCAAACCCUGAAAAGAGAAUAACGGUGGAGGAGAUAAUGAAUCAUUAUUGGUUUCUCAAGAACUUACCGGUGGAGAUGUCGGAAGGAUCAUUGAGGAUGAAUGAUCCUUCUCAGACAGUGGAAGAGAUAGUGUCGAUAAUCGAGGAAGCUCGGAAAUCGAUCACCGGAGCUUCUGGACUUUCCGGUACUGGUGGCUCAGGUGAUAGUGGCAGUGGUGCCAUUGGAAGUAACAGUAUGGAUUUUGAUGACUUGGAUACAGAUUAUGACGAUAUUGACACUGGUGAUUUCGUUUGCCAUUUGUGA